CAUUUAUCCCUCUGGGUAUAAAAUCCAAUCCCAUCUGCCAUCUUCUGUUCCACACAGCCUCAAUUGGCUGAAUUCCUGCCGCUGGAUAUACUCAGACAAGCCACCCACUUCUCUGAUACAGUCGUAUGUCACAAUGAUCUCCCAGAGAUUAAUGUGCGAGCCUGACUUUCGACCAUUUCGCUGCAAAUGGGAGUCCUGUACCAAGGUAAGAGAGAUGACUCACUGCGCGAUCCCAAUUAUUCUUACCUAGUUGCUAAUUUACUUGUGCCUUAGGCUUUCAAGCGGAGAUCAGAUCUGACGAGACACUACAAAAUCCACACGGAUGAUCGACCACAUCCAUGCACGGCGCCUGGCUGUGAAAAGCGGUUUAUCCAGCGCAGUGCUCUCGUUGUCCACACCCGGACGCAUACUGGCGAGAAGCCGCACGAGUGCCAAUACCUUGGCUGUAUCAAAAGAUUCUCCGAUGUAAGUUUCAUGCAAUCACAAGAUAUUUGAUGCAACCAAAAGCUCAUAGCAAGAUCAGUCUUCGAGCCUUUCUAGGCAUCGUCAUGUACAUGCCAGAAAACGCCCUCGUAGGUGUGGGCAUAUAGAGUGUCCCAAGGGGUAAGUCUCUCCUCUCUCAUCUUACUCUCAAAAGUGGAAGCAUAGCUGACUCCCUAUUCAGCCUCUGCCGCAGAAAAUUCUUAGUCAAACAAGAAAACCAACUUCAACAGCGUAAUUUUUUCCACGCUCCAAGAGGAGAAAGCAUCUCUGAUUCAGAGUCAAGCCGGUCGCCAUCUACAACUGCUCAGCCAGAUACACCCACGCCUCUCCAAGACAACACGAUUCCACAAAUCUCGAUAUUUCAGGGGAGGGCAGCUGGAUACUCGCCAUCUGUGGAUCCGCUGGAUGAGCAGGAAUAUGGCUAUGAUAUGGACAAGUUGUUUGACAACAAUGGACUAUUGACUACUGAAUAUCAGUGCUUGACCGAGCAAGUGCGCCAGCCUACGAUCAACAUUACAGGCUCAUCUUUAAAUUUCGCCAGCACUUCAAAUAGAGGAGUUGCAACCCUACAAGGAACUCCACUAUUCCAUUUUGUCAUGCCGCCAUAUGGCGAAAUAAGUCAUGACUAUCCUCUGUUAAACAAUCUCAACACAUCUUCAAUGGAGCAACUUGAACGAGCAAUGGUAUAUCCUCAACAGCCACAACAGUCGCAGCAGCAAACGCCAAUCGCAGCACAGCAGAUUUCAAAUCAUGGGGUAGAAGAUUAUAGUUCUCCUGCACUAAUCAAGUCCGAGCCUUGGUUCGGAUUCGAAUCCCUCUUCAUUUGAGCGACUGCAUGUAGUCACCUGCUGGGACUGCCCACAGUCUCAAGCUUGCUUCAAACAAAAAUAAAGCAGAAAAGACAAGAAGAAG